GAAUACUGUUUGUACACUGGUGGAGAUUACUUUUGAUUUGCCAUAUCUGCUCUGCUUUUCUCCUGCUCACCCAUUUUGCAAUAAACAAAAGGCUUCAAAACCUAGAAACUCCUUUGAUGUUGCAAUCAAUCUCGUUGAUACACAGUUGAGGUGAACAGCGAAGAGUAGGAAGAACAUCACAUCUCUAUCCUUUCCCUUACUUCAAGUACAAUCUCUCUCUCUCUCUCUCAUGGGUUUUAAAGCAUGGAGGAGCAGUUCAUACUAAGAGUCCCACCUUCCAUAGCGGAGCGGUUGGAUCGUCUUUUGAGUGAAAGUGCUUCUUCUUCUGAAGAUCAAUCAUUGGAUUUGUCUUUUUCUGAAGAUGGCAGGAGUGGCACAUUUGUCAUUGGCAAUGACCAUUUUCCUGCUUCUCUCUUGGAUCUUCCUUGUGUUGUGGAGUCCUACAAAACUUAUGAUGACUGUGCGCUAGUCAAAACUGCAGAUGUUGGUCAGAUGAUUAUGGUUAGAGAAGCAGGUGACAUUGCUCCAGAUGUAGUGGAGUACAGACAUGGACUCACUCCUCCUAUGAGGGAUGCUCGAAAACGAAGAUUUCGCAGGGAGCCAGACCUAAAUCCUGAGCUUGUCCAGCGUGUGGAGAAAGAUCUGCUGAACAUUAUGGCUGGUGGAACAGUUGAAAAUGCUGAUGUUGAAGUGAAUGAGCAAGAGGAAGAUGUUGAGCAGAAUGCCCGUAAAGCAAGUAAGAAAACUUCACCUGCACCUGCAGCAAAGCCUGAUGUUCAAGAGGCAGUAGCUAAUGCUGAGGAGCCUGAGAGAAGUGAUUCUGAUGAAUCAGACGAUUCAAUAUGAUAAAAAUGCCUUACAUUCAACUUGUUACAUUUACAAUGGUGGAUGGUCAUCUGAGUUGGAAAUGAGGGUAUGAUCUCUGUCCUAUGUAUAAGUUAUAGAUUCCUUUUGUUCUGUGCAAAUAUUGAAACACAAUGAGAAUUUGUAACCUUAGGGUAAGGAUGUGGGCUAGCAACUGUUGUUAUUGGUGUAUUAUCAGAUCAUAGUAAUGGAACUUUAGCGGUCACUUGUUUAAAAGAGAACUGAGCUGUAUUCUUUCACUGAAGAAAAUCAAUACAAUGUCUAUCUUCUUUAA